UAAACCCCGAAAGCUCUUUGGAUUUUGGCCACACAUCUCUCAUCAUUAUAACCCACUCUGUCGAUCUCCACCAUCUAGUGAGAAACUAGCAAUGGAGAUUACUACCAUGGCUUCUUCGGCCACUCCAAGACCUCCUUCUCCACACGCAGUAGUCACCACCUUCAACAAGCCUCAACCAAGACGCGUCCACGUGGCACUUCCAACCUCAACCACCAUUUCACUCCUCGCUCUCUUCGCCCCUCCCAACGAAGCCAAAGCCAUCGCCAAGGACCAGAUUGUCUCUUCUCUCACCCAAGUGGAGAAAACCAUCGACCAGGUUCAGGAAGUGGGUUCGAGCGUGUUUGACACGGCGCAGCGUGUUGCUGAGGUUAUAGGGAACGCUUUGAAGCCUGGCAUCGAGACGGCGUUGCCGAUUGUGCAGCAGGCUGGGGAAGAGGCCUUCAAAAUUGCUUCCCCUGCCAUCUCCGAAGCUUCCAAGAAGGCACAAGAAGCGCUUCAAAGCUCCGGUGUCGAUACCGAACCUGUUCUUACUGCUGCUAAGACAGUGGCAGAUGCUGCACAACAAACGACCAAGGUGAUUGAAGUUGCCAAACCUAUAGCUUCAUCAACCGUCGAAACCAUAUCUUCUUCAGAUCCUACUGUGAUUGCUGGAACAGCUGGAGCACUAUUUGUUGCUUACCUCCUGAUUCCUCCUAUUUGGUCUGCCAUCUCUUCUAAUCUUCGUGGUUACAAAGGAGACCUGACUCCUGCUCAAGCCCUUGAUUUGAUAUCAACGCAAAGCUACGUUUUGGUUGAUAUUAGGUCAGAGAAGGAUAAGGACAAGACUGGUAUCCCUCGCCUUCCCUCUAGUGCUAAAAACAGGAUGGUUGCUAUUCCUUUGGAAGAACUGCCAAGCAAGCUCAAAGGGCAGGUAAAGAAUGUGAAGAAAUUGGAAGCUGAAGUAGUCGCUUUGAAGAUUUCAUAUCUCAAGAAAAUCAACAAAGGCAGCAACGUUGUGAUCUUGGACUCGUACUCGGACGUAGCAAAAAUAGUUGGAAGAACGCUAACCAGCCUUGGAUUUAAGAACACGUGGAUUGUUGCUGAUGGAUUCUCUGGGGGCAAAGGGUGGUUACAGAGUAGAUUAGGAACAGAUUCGUAUAACUUUUCGUUCGCAGAGGUGCUGUCACCAUCCAGGGUCAUCCCUGCGGCUGUGAGAAGUUUUGGCACAACCAGCAAUUCUAGAACCAAGCUUCUUCCUGGGGCUGACUAACUAUUUUUUUUUCUGCCCUGCAAAUAGAAAAAUCACUCUUGUGCAUGCUUCACUCCUCCUAUAUAUUUAUUUCAUUAUUUCCCAUGAUUAUUUCAUCUAUGAUCCAUCUCAAGUCUUUUGUUUCAACCUUUCUUCCGUUUGUGUAUGUGUGCCUACUUCGCCAAGUAGAAUGCCAAAAACUGUUGGCCACAUUAUAUUACAAGUGCCCUCUCAACUAUCUCUCAA